CCGACGACCAACUCAAAGUGAGAAAUUUAAACGAGGCGAGAGCUCGUUCGGACAGGUCUCCCGGCGCCACGGCAUCGGCGACCUAUACAUGCCACGGCCCCGGCUCCCUGCCUGACACCAACCUCGAGCGAGCGAGCGGCGAUGAGGUUCUCGGUCUGCGCCGUGGUGGUGCUCGUCGUUCUUGCCGGGCUCCGGCCGCCACAGGCGGCGGUGGCGCAGAAGUACGCGGCGAUCUUCAACUUCGGGGACUCCCUCGUGGACGCCGGGAACCUGGUCGUGGAUGGCAUCCCGGACUACCUCGCCACGGCGCGGCUGCCGUACGGGAUGACCUACUUCGGGUACCCGACCGGGCGGUGCUCCGACGGCCGCCUCGUCGUCGACUUCAUCGCGCAGGAGGUGGGGCUGCCGCUGCUGCCGCCGUCGAAGGCGAAGAACGCGACGUUCCACCGCGGCGCCAACUUCGCCAUCACCGGCGCGACGUCGCUGGACACGCCGUACUUCCAGGGGCGCGGGCUGGGGCACACGGUGUGGAACUCCGGCUCGCUGCACACCCAGAUCAAGUGGUUCCAGGACAUGAAGGCCUCCAUCUGCAAGUCCCCGCAAGAGUGCAGGGACCUGUUCCGGCGGUCGCUGUUCAUCGUAGGGGAGUUCGGCGGCAACGACUACAACUCGCCGCUCUUCGCGUUCCGGCCGCUGGAGGAGGUGCACACCUUCAUCCCGGACGUCGUUGACUCCAUCGGCAAGGGCAUCGAGAAGCUGAUCGAGGAAGGGGCGGUGGAGCUGGUGGUGCCGGGGGUGCUGCCGAUCGGGUGCUUCCCGGUGUACCUCUCCAUCUUCCGGAAGCAGCCGGAGAUGUACGGCGGCCGGAGCGGCUGCAUCAGGGACCUCAACACGCUGUCCUGGGUGCACAACGUCGCGCUGCAGCGGAAGAUCGCCGAGCUCCGGCUCAAGCACCCCGGCGUCCGCAUCAUGUACGCCGACUACUACACGCCGGCGAUCCAGUUCGUCCUCCACGCCGAGAAAUACGGGUUUCUGAGGCAGACGCCCCGGGCGUGCUGCGGGGCGCCGGGGGUCGGGGAGUACAACUUCAACCUGACGUCCAAGUGCGGGGACCCGGGGUCGUACGCGUGCGACGACCCCUCCAACCACUGGAGCUGGGACGGCAUCCACCUCACCGAGGCGUCCUACGGCCACAUCGCCAAGGGCUGGCUCUACGGGCCGUUCGCCGAGCCGCCCAUCCUCGGCGACCGCCACCGCUGAUCCUUCGUUUGCAUAAUGCAUAUAGUGUUAAUGACACCUUCUUCAUAUAUACUUUCUGGAUGGAGUGUUUUUAGAUGGGGAUUUGGGGAGGUAAAUUAAAAGGGAUAGCAAAACGGAGGGACAGGGAUACAGACAGAGACGGGAUGGUGUUGUGUUUUGUUCAGGUUAGAUGGGUGGCUGGGGGAAUUGGGGAUGUGUUGUUUUAAUGUAAGCAUUUUGGGGUGGCAUGGUGUGGGUGUGUGUGUAUUUUGUUUGUUGGCUCAACGUAGGGAGUAGCUGUAAUUCCUAUUCCUUGAGAAAUCAAAAUUGCUCUCAUAUAAAUAUAUAGCACCAUUUGUUCU